CCUAUUGACUCAUUUGGCAUUGUACCACGACCACUAUGCCCAAUGAUGAACUCGCUGAAAUCAACGGAAUUAAGCCAAACAUCUUUAUGGCAGACGGUGAAGAGAAACAGGUGAAGUCACAGACAAGCGCAUCCGUAUAUAAAGUAAAGCGGACAUGGGAUCAUUACUACUGUACUUGCCCUGUAUGGAGAAAUCAGGGCGGUGUGCCUGUCAAUGCCCGUAGUUGCAAGCAUCUCAAGAGUUUGUUGGGAGACAAAUAUGAGGCCGCACGCAUGAAACUGAGGAAUCCACACAGGACACAAGGAACCUCUAAGAAGAAGCCGGAAAGCAAGACGAGAACUCCAGCCAAACGCAAGCGAAAAGAUGUAGACGACGAAAAAGACGCAAAACCCGUAAAGCGGUCACGCAACCCCGUAUCUUCUGGCAGCAAGAGCAGCGCCCACAUCGAUGAUGAUGACGAGGAGGAAGAGGAGGAUGACAAGGGCGCCGAAAGUGGUCCUUCUGGGAAGAAAGUGCCUGAACUUCUAUUAGCCAACAAAUGGGAUAUUGAGACGGGUAACGAUCCAACAGGAUGGUUGAUGUCUGAAAAAUUGGAUGGCGUCAGAACCUUCUUCGAUGGAAAGCAUAUGUACAGCCGUCUCGGGAAUCCUUUCACGCCUCCCGCGUGGUUCCUCGACAAGCUUCCUAAAGAUAUCACACUAGACGGAGAAUUGUUUGGGGGGCGUGGCAAGUUUCAGUCCACAGUGUCGAUUGUCAAGACGGUCAACUCUCCUCAUUGGAAAGGGAUCACAUUCCAAGUUUUUGACAUACCUUCUCGUGGCGUUGAACCUUUCGAGGACAGACUUCAAUAUUUGAAUAAAGUAUUUGGUCCCAACGGAACUCAUCAGUCUGACGAAGUCAACGUCGUUGAGCACGAACUUGUCAACAGCCGCCAGCACGUUUUAGAUCAACUGAAGAAGAUCGAGUCACUUGGAGGAGAGGGCCUCAUGCUUCGCAAGCCUGGAUCGCAGUAUGAAGGCUGUCGUUCUUCUACUCUUCUCAAGAUCAAGACUUUUUACGAUGCUGAAGCUGUUGUCACUGGUUAUACUCCUGGCAAGGAUCGUAACGCAGGCGUGACCGGGGCCCUCAAAUGCAAGAUGGCCUCCGGCAAAGCAUUCAGCGUGGGUUCAGGACUGAGUGAUCAGCUGCGCAGGAAACCUCCUAAGAUUGGCGCUAUCAUAACAUAUCGUUUCCAAGAGCUCACUAGAGACAACGUGCCAAGGUUCCCAACGUACACUGGAAUAGCUAUCGACAAAGAUGAACCGAAGGACGCUGAGAUACCUGAUCAUCGCAAGGCAGGAGCCAAGCCCAACGAAGACGAGUGA